UGACGGGGGCGCCCAGCCCCUCUUCCUGCCUGUGGCCCGCCCUUUCCGCUGCCCCCUGGCCCAGGAAUCGGAAGUUGGGAGACGAUCCGGAAGUGGGGAGACAUACGGACGGGGUGCUGGCGUGAUGCCCGGGGAGCGGAAGUCGUCAUAUAUUGCGAGGCCGUAAAGCGCAGCUGGCUGGACCACUUUCCGGUUGACGACAACGGCCUGACCGGAUCCGACGGUGCUGACCUUCCUCGUGCGGAGCUUCCCGGACUCUCACUGGUUCAAGUUUCCCGUGUGCCGGUCCCAGUCGGAGCCCCUUCACCAGAGGAUCAUGUUCAAGAAAUUCGACGAGAAGGAGGAUGUGUCCAACUGUAUCCAGCUGAAAACUUCGGUGAUUAAGGGUAUCAAGAACCAACUGACCGAGCAGUUUCCAGGUAUUGAGCCGUGGCUUAACCAAAUCAUGCCCAAGAAAGAUCCCGUAAAGAUAGUCCGGUGCCACGAGCAUACGGAAAUCCUUACGGUAAAUGGAGAGUUACUGUUUUUUAGACAAAGAAAAGGACCUUUUUAUCCAACCCUCAGGUUACUUCACAAAUACCCAUUUAUCCUGCCGCAUCAGCAGGUUGAUAAAGGAGCCAUCAAGUUCGUGCUCAGUGGCGCAAAUAUCAUGUGUCCGGGCUUAACUUCUCGCGGGGCAAAGCUUUACCCUGCCGCGGUAGAUACCAUUGUGGCCGUCAUGGCAGAAGGCAAGCAGCACGCUCUGUGUGUCGGAGUCAUGAAGAUGGCUGCAGAAGACAUUGAGAAGGUCAACAAAGGAAUCGGCAUUGAAAAUAUCCAUUAUUUAAACGAUGGGCUGUGGCACAUGAAGACAUAUAAGUGAGCCACAGAAGGAAUGUACUUGGGUUAAAUAUAGAUAAUUGUGUUUGUAUAUGUGUUUGUGUUUCUGUGUGACAGCAUGAAGACAGUUCUUCUGUAGUUAUGCUGAAUAAGUUCAACAUACGCCUUUAAAAAAAGAAAAGAAAAAAAAAACAGGGUGCUGCUACCAUGGCAGAGAAUUGAAAUUGGGGAAAAAUUGUAGAUAUCUGCUGCACUCCGGAAUCUGACAGGGGUGGCUACUGCUCUGUGACCGUGGGCAUCCUUCAUCAUUUCUCCUGGCUCGAUUGUUUGAAGCAUCAAGAAUGGGUCUAACAUCAGGAUGCCUGCCAGAGAAGUCCCCACAAGACCCACCUCAGACCUGUACCUGCUUUUUUUUCUAGGCCUCUGUAACUACCUAUUCUUCCUCUGCUACUGAACAAGAAUUGCCAGCAACCUUCAAUUCCUUUAGUGGCAAAAAAGAUUCCAGAAAGAACUAGGACCUUGUUAGAGACUUGAGCUCAGUGUGCCAGGCACUGUGCUGAGGGCAUUAUAAGGACCCUCACUUCCCUUAGCAGCUCUUUGAGGGAGGUGCUGUUGCUAUUCUGACAAAUGAGAAAACUGAAACUCAGAGAGAGGACUGUCUCCCCCAGAGUCACCCAACUAAAAGUGGCAGAGCCUGUGUCUCCAAUACUAGGGACCACCUCCCUCUGACCCUAAAUUCACUCUGGAUCUUGGUUCCCUCUUCUAGAAAAUUAGAGAAUUUGGGAUAGCUCCAUUGGGCUCUCCCCAUCCUAAUACCCCCAACAGUCUGGAGAAAUCAAGGCUGAACUCCUGGACCUGUGGGCCCCUGACCAUGCCCAUAGAUAGGACCUCUCCUAUCCAGGGGCUGACCCGUGGGAGGGACAGCUCCACACUGGGGAGUGGACUUACCCAGCCUCUCU